UCGUUUGAGCGGCAAUUGAAACUAGCGGUCACACAUUUAUUGCGUUCACGUAUUUUAAGCGUUUAAAAUGGCUUUAAAUAUAAUUAAACAAGGCGCAGAGGGACGCCUUUACCUUGGCGAGUUUAAGGGCGAAUCGUGUCUGAUAAAGGAACGCUUCGUCAAGCAGUAUCGUCAUCCAGAGCUGGACACACAAAUCACUCGGCAGCGGAUGAAGGCCGAGGUGAAAGCUUCCAGUCGCUGCCUCUCGGCUGGAAUUCUCGCACCGCGUAUUCUGCACUCGGACACUAACACACACAAGCUGUACAUGGAAUACUUCGGCAAUGCACAGACAGUCAAACAGUUUAUCCAGAACACGGUCAAAGUAGAGUCCAAGUCUCCGUCUGACGAGGAGCAGAUAAAGCAGACAUUGAUUGAGUUGUCCGCACGGAUUGGAUGCAUCAUUGGCCAAAUGCACGCCAAUAACAUAAUACACGGCGACCUCACCACUUCCAACAUGUUGAUCAAUCCCAAUCCAGGCGCGAAGAAUGGAUACGAUGUCAUCUUCAUAGACUUCGGACUGAGUCACUACAACCAGGCGGCGGAGGACAAGGGCGUGGAUCUGUACGUCCUGGAGCGAGCACUACUCAGUACGCACAGCGAACAGGACUAUAUCUUUGGGAAUAUCCUGGAGGCUUAUCGCUCCGAAUGUGGCAAGGAUGAGCCGGCCGUUCUUGCCAAGUUUGAAGAGGUCCGUGCACGGGGUCGGAAGCGCACUAUGAUUGGCUAGCUUAGCGUGUAACGAUAAUU